CACCCAGUCUCCACCCUUUGAUCACCCAACACCAUAUCUUACUAUCAAAGCAUUAUCAAUAUGCAGGCAGCUUUGAGCAUUGCCCCUCCUGUUCUCCCUCUAAAAUCCAAGAACUUGUCUCAGGCCACCGUUUCUCCUCCAAAGUUGGGUGCUUCUUCUGUUGCACCCCGUGGCUUUGCAAUCAAAGCAGCUGCUACUGUUGCCUAUGACACUGACGCAUCCGCCACUGUUGAUUACAGCUCUUUGAUCUCUGUGUUUCCAGCGGAGGCAUGUGAAACCAUAGGCGGAGAUGCUUGUUUGGCAGACAUAUUUCCUGAAGCAAAGCUUGAAAGAGAUGCCAGAAAUGAAGCAGCUAGAACUGCUUCAGAGCCCUAUGAGAGGGAGUACCUCGAGUACAACGAAGCAAAGACGGUUUUCUGCGCAGAGGCAUGCGAUGAUCUUGGGGGAGAGUUCUGUGAAAGAGAAUAUCAGAGGGGAGUCUAUUAGAAGAGAGACGAAUCCAAAAAUAAUAGAAUUCUACAGAACUUUGUUUUUGUUGAAUGUAUAUACUUGCUGCUACUGCUUGGCAGUGUAGUUAAAUUGCAUAAUUUGCUUAAUGAUAAUAUAUAGAUAUAUUUAACUUGGGGAAUUUAUACUCCCAACCCA